AUGCAGCUCACUCCGGUCAUCCUCGCCACCCUCUGCAUUGUCCUGCAGCUUCUUGCAACCUCCUCUGCUUUGGCGACGACCAACCGCCACGUGUCAAACGCUCGUUGGCUUCCCGCGGUCGCCACCUGGUACGGAAGCGCCAACGGCGACGGCAGCGACGGAGGAGCGUGUGGGUACGGUACGUUGGUGGAUGUGAAGCCGCUCCAUGCGAGGGUUGGUGCGGUGAAUCCAAUUCUCUUCAAGAACGGCGAAGGAUGUGGAGCUUGUUACAAGGUUCGGUGUUUGGACAGGAGCAUCUGUUCCCGGAGAGCCGUCACCGUCAUCAUCACCGACGAGUGUCCCGGCUGCUCUAAAACGAGCACUCACUUUGAUCUCAGUGGAGCCGUCUUUGGCCGCUUGGCUAUCUCCGGAGAGGCCGGCCCACUCCGCAACCGUGGCCUCAUUCCCGUCAUUUAUCGCCGGACGGCAUGCAAAUACAGAGGGAAGAACAUAGCGUUCCAUGUGAACGAAGGAUCAACUGAUUUUUGGCUGUCACUACUUGUUGAGUUCGAAGACGGAGAAGGCGACAUUGGCUCCAUGCAUAUUCGCCAAGCAGGAGCAAGAGAAUGGUUAGAGAUGAAGCACGUGUGGGGAGCCAACUGGUGCAUCAUUGGAGGACCCCUCAAAGGACCAUUCUCCGUCAAGAUCACCACUUUGUCCGCCGGUAGAACACUCUCGGCCACCGACGUUGUCCCAAGAAACUGGGCUCCCAAAGCAACUUACUCUUCCCGCCUCAACUUCUCCCCUGUCCUCUGA